CUGCUUACUGCUGUCGCCCAGCGGACUCUCGUUCAAAUGGAACUCUGCGUAUCCAUGCAUCAUCUUUGGAAAGUAGUCAGUCACAUCGGCGCAGCAGCUUUGCUUUAUCUCACGCAACACACACUCACACUCUCUCACGCUCUCUUUCUACUACUACGUCGUUCCUCCUCCCAGCUUUGGUAUGUGUUAGGAUCUGAUUAUGCCUUUUCUUCUUCUUAACGACGAUACUUUUAUCUCUUCACUUUCCAACAUGCUUUUCUCCAUUUGUUGUAGAUUGAAUCUCACGAACGGAUUCUCUCUCCUCUUUCUUAACCUUUCUUCAUCUCAUCUCAAUAUUUUGCACUUAGGCGGGCGAAUCGGUUCUCAUCUGUACCUCUGUGUGUGUGUAUGUGCUCGUUGUAUCCUUAGGCGACUACUACUUCUACUACUGGUUGGUCGGCGGUCUUCUUUCACGUAUGUGCCUGUUGGUUUGGGCUUCUUUGGUUUGGAAAUCGCUUGACGUUUUAUAGCUGAGCUUGUUGGUCGUUGAUCUUUCUCUUUUACCUUCU